AUGGCCUUUGAGAGCCUGUUCGCCAGACCCCCCAACUCUGCCCUACUAGACACCCACAUGACAGAGUGUCAGCAUGCAGGGGACGAAAGAAAAGAGGGAGAGCUGGAGGAUGGUGAAAUAGAGGAUGGAGGAUUUGAAGAGGAGCCUGAGCCAGAGGAAGUAAAGGAAGAACCCAAGGAAGAAGAGGAGAAGCCCUCUAGUGAGAAGUCACACAAGAAGUCAAGAAAACGCAAGAGAGAGAAGAAGAAACGCAGACGUAGAGAGAAGCACAAGCAUAGUGACAACAGCUCAGAUUACAGCUUUGAUUCAGAUGAGCAUUCAGAGAGGCCGCACAAACCUCCCAUGUACAGAGAUUAUGAUUCCCAUUAUUCUCAGCAUGGCCAUGGACCUGGGAGUUACAUGGGAUCCCACAAAAAGAAUGCUUCCAGUUAUGACGACUACAGUAAUUACAGUGAUGGGAACUACAAUGAUGAAGAUGAGGAGGACUAUGCAGAGCAGCUGAAACACUACAGACAAUCAAAGGAAAGCUCAAGCAUGGGAGAACCCCCUUAUAAAAAGAUGGGUAUGAAAGGAGGAGAACUAGGUGAGCAGCAACAAAAAGGUUAUUAUUAUAGUCGUGGAGGUGGUCCUCAUAAGAAGAUGAUGAUACGUAAGGAUAGAGGUCGAGGCCGAGGAGGACACAAAGGAUCCUAUUAUCAAGAUGGCUAUCAAGAGGAUCAUAAACCUAAGAAAUGGGUGACCAUGAGUCAGGAGUUCAUUAAUCAUCACACAGUGGAACGCAAUGGAAAACAGAUCUGCAAAUAUUUCCUGGAAAGGCGAUGUGUGAAGGGGGAGCAGUGUAAGUUUGAUCAUGAUGCAGAAAUAGAAAAGAAGAAAGAAAUUUGUAAGUUUUAUAUACAAGGAUAUUGCACAAGAGGAGAGAAAUGCAUCUAUAUGCAUGAUGAAUUUCCUUGCAAAUUUUACCAUACUGGAGCAAAGUGCUACCAAGGAGACAACUGCAAAUUUUCCCAUGAGCCUCUUAACGAUGACAGCAGAGAGUUACUGAACAAGGUAUUAAACACAGAAGAGGAAAAACAGCUACAGCUUGAGGAGGAGGAAGCAGAAGAGGUGCCACGACAUGGAGGGAAGUAUUACAACCAGCCAUACAUGCCGUUUACGGGAAACCACCCAUCAAUGUACAACUCAGAGCCCCUCCCAGAACCAGGACCUAUGACAUCACCACCACAGUCUAUGCCAAUGUAUGGCAACCAGGGAAUGAACAUACCAUUUAACCAGUCCUCAGCACAAGGCCACGGCCAAAACCACCAGAGGGAUGGUAAUGGUACUCCUGGACCUCCUUUCCUCCAAACCUCAGAAGAGAAAACGCACAGCAUGCAACCGCAAAACAGCUAUCAGCACUCCCAAAAUGCUCCUGGAUACUAUGAUAACUACUACUCUCAGCAGGCUGUUCACCAUGUGCAGUCUACAAACCUAUCAGAAUCUGUGUGUAAAGUUUUGUUCUCAAGAAUUGGCAAAAACUUAGAUGGUGCAGAAAGCAGCCAGCCACCUCCCCCGCAAAGAUCAGUGAGCAGAGAGGAAGAUGAGUUUGCAAACUGGUAUAGCAGUGAAGAAGAGGAUGGCAGCGGUGUGAGUUCAAUCCUAAAAACACUUCGAAACCAAGCCAAGUUAGCACGGGCUAACUCCACAGAACAAAAGCUCGUCCCUCAAAGUAACGACCCAAGGCUGACAAAAGACAGGGCGGGUUCAGGGCAAAUAUUUGACCCCCGAGUAAGACCCUCUCAGGGGCAAAGUCCAGGCCAUCAAGGAGAGAAUGUGUCUGCUGACCCAAGAGUGGCUCGUGACCCCAGAAAAAUUAAACUGAAUGAGACCUCCACUGCCAGUCAACCUGUUCAGCCUGGGGGUAUUUCCAAGCAGCAGAAAGUGGUGGAUGAAGAUGAUGAAGAUGCUGAAAGGGAAUUGAGAGAGAAGGCAGCUAUAAUUCCAUUAGAAAUGUUACCAGGUGUGACUCUGAGGGACCCACGACGUAAACUGAGACAGUUCAGUCACAUUAAAAUGGACAUUAUAUUGUCAAAACCCAACUUUGCCAAACUAAUUGUCUGGGCUCCUGAGGAUUUACUUCCUGUACCCCCUCCUAAACCUGACCCUGUAUCCUCAAUAAAUUUGCCAUUACCUCCACUUAUAGCUGAUCAGAGACUUAACAGGUCAAGGAGUCUGAGUGAAGUGCACCAUUCUGGCCUAGAUCCACGGUUAGAAAGGUUGGAUCCAAGACUGGAAUCAAAAACCAAACAAGCAAAUAUGUCAGCCAGAAGUAACUUUACAGAUCCAACCGACUCACAUGCGACUAACAAGCCGAGUGAUCCUCGGCUUCAGAAAAACCUUCAAUCAAGAUUUCACCGGUCUCCAAGCUCUGAUACCCAACCUGGAGCAAUAAAAGAUUUGUUGCCUCAAAAAGUUGACCCCCGCCUGGCAGCCAGGUCAGCUGUUGGGUCAUCACCAACGUCUGUUAAACCGCCUCAGGAUGCCCUUUCAAACAUAUACUCCUAAAUUGUCCCCAUCAAGUAGUAGACUGGGAUCCCCAGGGUCAAUACUGAAGAAUAUCAGUUUGUACAGUCCUCGUGACAGUGCAGCCACUUCUUCUUCAGAGCCUUUGUCAACUGCGACAGGAGAUAAUGAAGACCAUCAGAAGAAACCAGCUGAUAUGAACAGGCCAUCUGCUGAGCCUGAAGCAAUGGACAGUGUGCAGCAACCUGUGAGCUCAACAGAAGGAGUGGCAUUAGACAAAGAUGCUCAGAGCUCUGAGGAGAUUGAGAACAAACCUGAGAACUCAGAUGAGAAACAGGCAACAGCAGAUCAACCUCCAGCAGUACAGCCAGCUUCUGCACCCGCUGUUCAUAACCUGCCAAUCCAGGCCUUAUCAGGACUUAUCAGGCCCCAGUACAACGAUCCAAGACAAACCAAGUCAACAGGACCUGCCAGCCAGGUAUCAGAUGCUAACACUGAGGCUGAGCCAGAAGAUGACAAACCUUUGAAGGAUGUUUUCAAAACCUUCGACCCCACAGCUUCUCCAUUUUGCUAA